AUGGAAGGUCAAAAGGAGCCACUAUCUUCCGCUUUGGAGAACGGCGAUAAAAAUGCACACCCAAUCACAUUAGACAAAGCAGAAACCGCCCGAAUCCUCCGCAAGAUCGACUGGCGACUCCUCCCCCUCUUGACGGUUCUCUACGUCCUCUCCUUCCUGGAUCGGGGAAAUAUCGGAAAUGCCAAAGUGGCUGGGAUGAACGAAGAGCUCGGACUCACUGGAGCGCAGUACAAUCUCGCCUUGACGGUUUUCUUUUUUCCGUACGCUGUUUUCGAAGUUCCCAGCAACGUUGUACUUAAGCUUAUGCGGCCGUCUAUAUGGAUGUGUAUCAUGAUGGUUAGUUGGGGAGUGGUGAUGACCAUGCAGGGGAUUGUGAAGAGCUAUACAGGGCUGCUUAUUACGAGGUUUUUCCUGGGUCUUGCGGAGAGUGGCUUUUUUCCUGCUUCGACUUAUCUUUUGACGUGCUGGUAUUGUCGGUUUGAGGUACAGACGCGCAUGAGCAUUUUCUUCUCUGCUGCUUCUCUGGCUGGUGCCUUUUCGGGACUUCUUGCAUUUGCAAUUGAAAAGAUGGACGGCGUAGGCAAUUUGAGUGGCUGGCGAUGGAUAUUCCUGCUCGAGGGAAUGCUGACGGUUGUCAUCGGCCUUAUACUCCCCUGGACUCUGCCGGAUCACCCUGAAACAGCUUCAUUUCUCACUUCUGACGAGAGAAAAUUCCUCCGGGCACGACUUGACCAGGACUCUGGAACAGCAGCAGGGACUGUUGGUACGCAGGAGAAAUUCCAAUGGCAUUAUCUGAUCUCCGCCUUGACCGAGUGGAAGAUCUAUCUGGCCGUGACCAUGUAUUGGGGGAUUUCCAUCUGCCUGUACGGCUUCACCUACUCCGCACCAACAAUCAUCAAACAACUCGGCUAUUCCUCCGCCCAGGCCCAGCUCCUCACCAUCCCAAUCUACUUUCUCGGUGUGCUCUCCACCCUCCUCUUCGGCUUUCUCGCCGACAAGCACCAGUCCCGCUGGCCAUACAUUAUUGGCCCAUUUGGCAUUGCCCUAGUCGGAUUCAUUGGUCUUCUGGCCAUCCCCCACCCUCGACUCCCGGGCCUCACUUACGCUUUUCUCUUCUGUAUCCCAGCCGGCAUUUACCCGCCUGUCAUGGGGACCCUGUCGUGGUUUGGAAAUAACCUUGCUCCGUCGUGGAGGCGUGCUAUCGGCAUGGCCUUGUUGAUUUCGAUUGGUAAUUUGGGCGGCGCAAUCGGCUCCAAUAUCUUCCUCGAACAGCAAAAACCACACUACUGGCUGGGUUAUGGAAUAUGUACUGGCAUCACUGUAGCAGCCAUGAUCAGCGUGCUGGUGCUGCGAUUCAGCUAUGCCAAAAUCAACGCUGAACGAGACAAACUGAGUGAAGCAGAAGUGCUGGAGAAGUAUAACGAGGCGGAGCUGAUCCGGAUGGGCGAUAGAAGCCCGCUUUUUAGAUACGUGGUGUAG